GCUAUUUUGGCGUCAGUCUUUUUUUGCUGGGGGACCGAUUCGUCCAGAUGUAUGUGUGUGAAGUCUUACUGUAAUCAUGACCAAGACGGGGAGAUUAUAAAAAUGCAAUAUUGCCUGCAACAGACACAUGGUAGACAGGUACAUGAAGCACAUGGAGCCAGUGAUGAGCGUCGUUCCUCUGUUCCUCGAUUUCCACGGCCGCAGCUUUCGACGAAAUGGACGCUGGAUGAUUCCCCAGCCAAAAAACGGUCGCAGGGCCAGUAA